UCAAUAUUCCAAGGACAUGGCCACGGGUGAAGGUGCGGAAGACAUGCCAAAUGCUGUUCAAAACUUGGAAGAAGAGUUAGUUCGUGUAAAUGCUAAUGAUGAAGAGGAUAGAGAGGAUAUGACAUCUGUAGAGACACCAAGGCGUUCUGUUGACUCAACAUCAUCUAUCUCCAAGAAGCGGAAGAAAGAGUGGAAAGGAAAGAAGACUUCAUCAAGUUACCCGCUUCUUGACGUGUUCAAUGAAGUGAGUGGUGAUCUCAAGGUUGCCACCAUGUCAAUUGGAAAAAUGGCGCAAGCUAUGGAUCGUGAGGCAUCCAACCAAGAAAAGGCAAGAUAUGAGGAUCCACAACAAAAGCUAAGAGAGAAGGCGAUCAAUGAGGUCCGGGGACUUGAAUUUACUAGCUCAGAAGUUAUCAAAGCAGCUGGUGUGUUUGUUAGGAUGCCAGAUCAAAUGGGGAUGUUGUUUGCACUUCCAGAACCACUGAGGAGGGAAUACAUUGUCGACAUGCUACGUGAUGAAGCAGCAAGGAGAGAGAGAGAGGUCAAAGUGAAGGUGCUGGUCUAGAUGUUGAAUGAUGGAGCUUUGGAAGUUGUUGUUGGUUUAGUUGGUCUCAAUCUGUUUACCUUUAGUGUUCUUCAUAUGUUGCUGUUGAAGGAUGGUGAAUGAUGAUAAAAACUAAUUUUUUAUGAUGUUGAACGUUGUUGAAUGUUCACGAAUGGUGUUGAAUAUGGUAUUGUAUCUGUGGGUAGCUUUCAAUGUGGUUUGUUGAA